AUGACCUUGACAGUUUUUCGUCCCUUGAGUGGAGGUGUGGAUAUUCUGGUAGAUAACAAUCUUUGUGUUGAUUCGGAUUCCUUCCACUGUAACGAGGCUGGCACCGAAUGUAUCGACCAAUCGCUUGUCUGCAACGGGGUCAGCGAAUGUAGUACUGGGAAGGACGAGGCUGUCGACGUUUGUGGGUGUCUCGAGGGGGAAUUCCAGUGUAAUAAGACGGUGUGUGUAGACAUCAUCAGGCGGUGUGAUCGUCAUCGUGACUGUGACGAUGGCAAAGACGAGGAAGAUUGUGAAACGUACACGUGUCCAACAUCCCAUAACAAGUGUAAAAACAGCUAUUGUUACCCGCAAGAUGGCCAUUGUAACUUUGAGAACGACUGUGGAGACAACUCGGACGAAGUAGAGUGUGAUUUCCGGACCUGUUAUAGCAUGGAGUUCACGUGUAACAACUCCGAGUGUAUAGCUAUAGCAUACCUUUGUGACGGUAUACCUCACUGCAUCGACGGAAGUGACGAACAACACUGCGGACCCCAGUAUUCAGACAUAGCGGCUCCUGUACGAUGUGUCACAGGACCCCAGUAUUCAGACAUCGCGGCUGUACGAUGUGUCACAGGACCCCAGUAUUCAGACAUAGCGGCUCCUGUACGAUGUGUUACAGGACCCCAGUGUUCAGACAUAGCGGCUCCUGUACGAUGUGUCACAGGACCCCAGUAUUCAGACAUCACGGCUCCUGUACGAUGUGUCACAGGACCCCAGUAUUCAGACAUAGCGGCUCCUGUACGAUGUGUCACAGGAUCCCAGUAUUCAGACAUCACGGCUCCUGUACGAUGUGUCACAGGACCCCAACAUUCAGACAUAACGGCUCCUGUACGAUGUGUCACAGGACCCCAGUAUUCAGACAUCACGGCUCCUGUACGAUGUGUCACAGGACCCCAGUAUUCAGACAUCACGGCUCCUGUACGAUGUGUCACAGGACCCCAGUAUUCAGACAUUAAUGCUCCUGUACGAUGUGUCACAGGACCCAAGUAUUCAGACAUAGCGGCUCCUGUACGAUGUGUCACAGGACCCCAGUAUUCAGACAUCACGGCUCCUGUACGAUGUGUCACAGGACCCCAGUAUUCAGACAUUACGGCUCCUGUACGAUGUGUCACAGGGCCCCAGUAUUCAGACAUCAAGGCUCCUGUACGAUGUGUCACAGGAACCCAGUAUUCAGACAUCACGGCUCCUGUACGAUAUGUCACAGGACCCCAGUAUUCAGACAUCACGGCUCCUGUACGAUGUGUCACAGGACCCCAGUAUUCAGACAUUAAUGCUCCUGUACGAUGUGUCACAGGACCCCAGUAUUCAGACAGUAAUGCUCCUGUACGAUGUGUCACAGGACCCCAGUAUUCAGACAUCACGGCUCCUGUACGAUGUGUCACAGGACCCCAGUAUUCAGACAUCACGGCUCCUGUACGAUGUGUCACAGGACCCCAGUAUUCAGACAUAGCGGCUCCUGUACGAUGUGUCACAGGACCCAAGUAUUCAGACAUAGCGGCUCCUGUACGAUGUGUCACAGGACCCCAGUAUUCAGACAUUAAUGCUCCUGUACGAUGUGUCACAGGACCCAAGUAUUCAGACAUAAAGGCUCCUGUACGAUGUGUCACAGGACCCAAGUAUUCAGACAUCACGGCUCCUGUACGAUGUGUCACAGGACCCCAGUAUUCAGACAUCGCGGCUCCUGACCCAAGUAUUCAGACAUCACGGCAUGAAGUGUUUUCGGGAUACAACUUGUAUCACAGCAACGUUUGUGGUGGACCGUGUACUCCGGAGCAACAUCGGUGUGAUAAUGGCCGAUGCAUCUUCAAAUCUAAUGUUUGUGAUGGAAUGUGUGACUGUGGUGGGACAUGUGAUGACGAAAAUGGAUGUUUAUCUCAAGCUUGUCCUAUUGGCGACACCUACAUGUGUAAGCUGAACGGCGAGAGCAAGAGGUGCAUUCCUAAAGAAUACGUUUGUAACCAAGACAACGAUUGUCGUAAUACCAAGGACGGUGCAGACGAGUUCUUCUGUUGGAAUAUCACAAACCAAUGUAGAGACUUUCCGGAGAACAAGAGAUCGGGCACGAACAAGUUUUUCGUAUGUCCAGAAGGUCGAUGUCUCCCUGCAGAAGGUCAUGACAAUGUCGUCUGCAACUACUUUCCCGACUGUGUUAACGGCGAAGACGAGAUGGGGUGUGAUCACCCAGCAUGCAAUGGUGACCAGUUCCGGUGUACAAGUGGGCAGUGUAUCCCGCAGGAUUUACAAUGUGAUGCCUCGUUUGACUGUUAUGACAGAUCGGAUGAACUCGACUGUGAAACAUUCUCAUGCUUGUACAGUCAUCGUCAUUGUCGAAGUGGUCAGUGUGUACCAAGAGCGAGAUGGUGCGACUACUUCCGGGACUGCCCUGAUGGAUCCGACGAGGACAACUGUGAAAGACCAACACAGUGUGGAGAGAACGAAUUCCGAUGUAAAAAUGGCCAGUGUAUUGACAAGGAUAUGGUUUGUUACAAGGGACUGGGCACUGAAAGACGAGGCUGUAUGGACGGUUCGAACCUACACAAAGAUCUGUGUGCAAAUCACACGUGUGGAAUCAACCAAUUCAAGUGUUACCGGUCUUACUGUAUAGACAUGGAACAGCGCUGUAAUGAAAACAUUGAAUGCAAAGAAUCCUUUGUAGACGAAGACGGAUGUCCCUAUCGCUGCCCGUAUAAGACUGAGGAGUGUAUGUGUGAGGGUGACGAGAUUGACUGCAGUAAUAUGGGGCUGCACGUGCUGCCAGCUGGCCUGGUAUAUGAGAAAGCCCUUCGGCAGUUCAAUCUUCGAGGCAACUUCUUCAACCAAACACUGAACAACAAUACUUUGAAACCAUACAGUAGUCUGACUCACAUCGACCUAAGCAAUAACUCCAUUACUGUGCUGCCCACAGGCUGUUUCCUGAACUUGUUCCGACUUAGCUUAUUGAAUUUGGCUAAAAACAGAAUUCGAUUGAUUCGAAACGGUACCUUUCUCGGCCUGACAAGUUUAACAAGUUUGUAUCUAGAGGACAAUCUAAUUGAGGAACUACAGCCGUAUGCUUUCUCCGGACUCUCACAUCUUCAAACACUUGACCUGAGCUAUCAACGAAUUGAAAGGAUUCAUCAGAGAGCAUUUGUGGGACUUCACAAGCUGUAUAAACUCAACCUAGUUGGGAACCGCCUAAUAAAAAUAGAAGAUGGCGCUCUAAGUGGUCUACCAAACCUUCUUAGUCUAGAUAUGCGAGAAAACUCUCUGGAAAUCAUAGAAGAAAAUGUGUUCCACGGCCUCCUAAGACUCCGGAAAUCAUAUUUUGACGAAUUCCACUUUUGCUGUGUGGCGAAGUCUGUGGAGAAUUGCUAUCCUGAGGCGGAUGAGUUUUCGUCCUGUGAGGAUCUUAUGUCCAAUUAUUUCCUCAGAAUAAGUAUAUGGAUUCUGGGCACUAUCGCAUUUCUUGGUAACGGACUAGUUUUUUUCUGGAGAGUCCGGGACUUUAGAGUUGGAAAAGUGCACUCGUUUUUGAUCAGCAACUUGGCGUUGGGAGACUUCUUCAUGGGUGUGUACCUGUUGAUUAUAGCUGUGGUCGAUACCUACUAUCGCGGUAGAUACUCAGUCUACGACAAAUCAUGGCGACAAAGCGAUCUUUGUAUGUUCGCAGGAUUCAUCUCCACAUUUUCCAGCGAACUUUCCGUCUUUACCCUAACGGUUAUUACUUUAGAUCGUCUCAUCUGCAUCCUGUUUCCGCUUAAGAUGAAACGUCUUGGUCUGCGAGAGGCUUUGAUAGUGAUGCCAUGUUUAUGGCUGUUGGUUCUCGUGUUGUCUGCUGCACCCUUAAUGGGAUGGGAUUACUUCUCAAACUUUUACGGUCGCUCGGCCGUGUGUCUUGCGUUACACAUCACUCCAGAGAAACCGAGAGGAUGGGAAUAUUCAGUUUUUGUUUUCCUUGUUCUAAAUUUUAUUUCUUUUCUUGUUAUAUUUAUAUCAUAUCUAUGGAUGUUCAUGGUAGCCAAGAAAACCACUACCGCUGUUAGAAAGUCCAAAGCUAAAUCCGACCAUUCCAUGGCGAAAAGGAUGACUUUAAUAGUGAUGUCCGACUUUUGCUGCUGGAUACCUAUCAUACUCCUGGGAUUUGCAUCGUUAGCAGAUGCCAGAGUACCACCUCAGGUUUACGCAUGGAUUGCCGUGUUUGUCCUCCCUUUAAACUCCGCCAUCAAUCCAGUUUUAUACACAAUUUCUACAGCACCGUUUAUGAGAAACUUCCGAAAAGGGGCGUCCCGGUUUCGGAAGUCUUUCACCACUGGAUCUUUUCGAUCAUCUGAGACGAAACAUUCGUUUAUAGACGAUAGAUUCUCGAACAAUUGGGGACGAAAUUCCAUGUAUAGACAGAUGGAGUUGACAAGAUUACGGGGUCUGAAGAAAUCCUACACUUUAAACACGAACCAUAGCGCGUGCGUUCAUGAGAAAUCCGCCUCUUCAAGAAUGUAAGCAGUCUAGAUGGAAGUUAAUCUGGUGUACAGU